CAUGUUUUUCACGAGGAAAAACUCUGAUGAAGCUGAUCUGGUACCAGCCAAGGAGGCGAAUGUAAAGUGUCCACAAGUGGUCAUCUCGUUUUAUGAGGAACGCCUCACCUGGCAUUCAUACCCGACUGAAGAGGAAGAAAAAAAGGACGACAAAAACUAGACAAAAAAAAAAAAAAAGACAUAAGGGACAGUCGUUGUGUGUUUGUCUUUUUAUUUUAAAGAGCUGGCAAAUGAUAUUUGUCAGGAACAACUUUGUAAAAAUCAGCUGUAAUCUACAUUUUAGUGUUUUAGUUUGGGUGUAGAUGAAGCGGAUCGUGACUUUGCACCUGUAAUGUACUCUUCAAGCUUUUUAUUGAUCAACAUUCGAGUCAUGAAGUUCAUACAUGUGGAAAAACAAGUGUUCUUUAUAUGUUCCCUACCCUGUGGAGAUCAUACUGAGUUGGUUUCAUUCAAUUCUGUAGCUGUCUCUGGAAAAAGUGUUCCACCAUCCUUAAUUCUAUGUAUAUAUAUAAAUAUAUAACUACCGAUAAAAUGUUACUGCCUUAACAGAUUAAUAAGAAAAUGACAAUUUUAUACAUCUGUCAAUGCAGGUGAUCAUUGAAUGCAUGACUGUAUAAUGUUGGCCUACGGGAAAUAGGUUUAAGGCAUUGUUUAUCUGGCUUUGAUAUGAUUGUUUGUUCGUUUUUAACCAGCAACAGUGCUUAUUUGCCCACAAACUCUCUCUCUCUCUCUCUCUCUCUCUCUCUCUCUCUCUCACACAUGUGUCUGGUCUUAUCAUUGGUGCUAUCUGUGGUUGACGCCCAUUGGAUAUUAACAGUCUGACAUUUGUGUUUGUAAAUAUGUUCCAGCACAUGGACAUCACUGUGUACAGUCAGCCGAGAUUUGUUUUUUUACAUGCUCCUACACUGUUUUAUUGCUGAUAAACGGAGGAAAAAAAUGGAAGAAUUGUAAAGUUUGUCUUUCUGAAGAAGUAUCUCGAGUGUGUUUUAAUGAUCGGUUGCUAGUUUAGUUAUUCAUGUUGUUAUUGCGUACUAUCACAGCACUUGAAUUAGCAUUUUCAGAAAUAAAAAAAAAAUCUUUGUUGUUAUUCUGUCA